AUGCCCCGCGCUUCCACGACUAGCUACGGCCAGGUCAUCGAGUAUAUCCAAGACAGGCUCUAUCUCGCAUCUUACACAUAUGCGCCUGAUGCCUCGACACCCUUCCCGUACCCCAAGCAGAGCCAGUCGCCUUCCAAGCGGUCGUCGCGGGCACAUGCAGGCCCCACUGCUACUGGCCACAAGGCGCAUCCCCCCGUCUACUUCAGCAUCGACAAGACGCUGCUCUACAAUGCCUUCCACGGUGACUUUGGCCCACUUCACAUUGGUCACCUCUACCGGUUUGCUGUCCAGCUGCACGAGGUGUUGGGAGACCCCGCAAACGAGGACCGCCCAGUAGUCUUCUGGAGCGGUGCCGACUCGAGGAGUCGCGCGAACUCGGCCUGUAUCCUGGCAUGCUACAUGGUACUCAUCCAGUCUUGGCCACCGCAUUUGGCGCUGGCGCCCAUUGCCCAGAUGGACCCGCCGUGCAUGCCCUUUCGUGACGCCGGCUACAGCCAGGCCGACUACGUUCUGAACAUUCAGGAUGUCAUCUACGGUGUCUGGAAGGCCAAGGAGGAAGGUCUUUGCGGGCUCAAGGACUUCAGUUUGGAGGAGUACGAGAAGUUUGAGCGGGUCGACAUGGGCGACUUCAACUGGGUCACCCCCAACUUCCUGGCCUUUGCGUCACCACAGCAACAGCCCACCCACGAGAUCCCGACUUCCUCGCCCAUGUAUGCGACGCUUCCAUCCAAUAUUGCCGAAAUCCAACGAUCUGGACUCCCUGGCCCUUUCAAGAACGUCCUCUCUCACUUCGUCGCUCGCAAUGUCGGCCUCGUAGUCCGAUUGAACUCCGAACUGUACUCAUCCUCGUACUUCACCAAGCUCGGCAUCCAGCACUUGAACAUGAUCUUCGACGACGGAACCUGCCCACCUCUAUCGCUUGUUCGCAAGUUUGUCAACCUCGCACAUGAGAUGAUCACCGUGCAGAAGCGUGGCAUUGCCGUUCACUGCAAGGCUGGACUAGGGAGGACUGGCUGCCUCAUUGGAGCUUACUUGAUCUACAAACACGGCUUCACUGCCAACGAGAUCAUCGCCUACAUGCGCUUCAUGCGUCCAGGUAUGGUCGUUGGACCUCAACAGCACUGGCUCCACCUUAACCAGGGCACCUUCCGCGAGUGGUGGUACGAGGAUACCAUGAAGGCCAAGUAUGCGCAGAUGGUGCCAUCGACACCCACCAAGUCACCACACAAGCAGCGCCUUGCUAGCAACGGGCAAACCUUCACCCCACCCAACGGGUCGCAGAAGCGUUCAGCGCUCGGUGAGAUUGAGUCGAACGAGCGAAGCAAUUCAGGGCACAUUGGCGUGCUAGAGGAUAACCUGCCUGCACCCACACCAGGGCAGCCGCGGAAGACUAGCAAGCUUUACGGCAGCGUGCGACAAUCACCUCAGCGCAUCGAUGAGAACGAACCCUUUACAAAAUCGCACACAGAAGUCAGGGCAGACAUCACUCGCUUUGAUGGCGAGUCAGACGAGGAAUUCCACCUCCGUCAGAUCGCGCGGCGAACAUCAUCGCGCUCACCAGCACGGUCACCAACCCACAAGGAGAAGCAGCGUCGUGCUUUCAGCACCACAUCCGUCGUCCAGACCUCGGUAACGCAUACCUCUUUCGGCUUUGGUGACGAGAGUGACCUCGAGAACACUGCACCAACUGGCCGGCCAAAGACACCCAAAGAGAAGAGCGGAAACGGCAGCAUCAGCAUGAGCAAGAUCCGCUCGAGCCCUGCACGACGAAGCACAGACGGCAAGUCUGGUGUGCGAAAGACCAGCGGUCGUGUUGGCAGCGUUGGCAAUGCCAUCUCUCGCAGCACGAAGUCAUGA